GUUAGGUCAGAAUUAUCUCAAUCUCCAGGUAGACCGAACGCAAGUAGGGAACAAAAAGCUAAUGCUAGACUCUCCCAUAUUCCUUUACUUAGAGAAGAAAGUCUGCGAUGUCAGGGAACAAAGUGGAAAGUGUGUGAUGUCAUGCGGGGGUGAGGGUGGGGGCAGAGAACUCCGAAAGAAUCUGCAGCCUAGGAAGUACCAGACCUUUUCUGUCUUAGCCCAACCACUACUUGCUGUGUCUCGGCCCCGGACCAGGGGAAUUAUCCGGCCAGUUUGGAGGAUAUAGUUUACUUCCAUACAUCUAUCGGCGUGUGUUUGGGGCAAGAUAGGAGGGAGAGGAGGGGAAGAGGAGAGGAGAUGGAGGGAAGCGGGCGUAGUCCACUGCCCGACCCACAUUUAACAGCAUGCUGAGAUGCAGUUCCUUUUACAAUCAGCGCCCUGCUGGCUUUCAUGUACUCAGACAUCCCGCUUUUGCCUGCGGAUGAAUCCUGAGAUGCAGCAGCACACAAGCGCAUAGCUAGACUGCAGCGAGCACCUCUACGGAGCUGGGUCGGUCUCACUUUCCCCUAAGCCUCGGCUCCCCAGGAACUUCAUUUCCCGUCAGGACCCGAGGCUCCGCGCACGCGCACUAGUGGCCUCAGCCAUGGCUACCGUGCUGUCCCGGGCGCUCAAGCUCCCAGGGAAGAAGAGCCCAGAUUUAGGAGAAUAUGAUCCCCUCACCCAGGCUGACAGUGAUGAAAGUGAAGAUGAUCUUGUUCUCAACUUGAAGCAGAAAAAUGGAGGUGUCAAAAAUGGAAAGAGCCCUCAGGGAGAAGGGCCAGACCCUGACUCAGAUGCAGAAGGAGGUGGGCCUGCCAAGCAACAUUUGUCUGAAGUCACCACGGAGGGCUAUCCCUCUACACCUCUUGGCAGUCUGGAGCAGAAGACAGCAUCUUCGCUUGUGUCUCAUGUGCGCACAUUGAUUUUCUUGCUGACUGUCCUGAUUUCAAUGAUUCUGGUGUUAGUAUGUGCCUUUCUGAUCCCUUGCCCUCCUAGGGAUCUGCAAAGCACAUGGAGCCGCCACUUGGGUCCAGAAGGAGGGGGGGACUUGUCUCCACUGGAGCUGGUUGAUGUCAAUGGUGAUGGGUUGCCUGAUGUCCUGCUUUCCUUCAUGAACCUAAGAAAUGGGAGUAUGAUAGGUGUCCCUAAGCAACAGGCCUCUCUUCUAGCUCUUUCAGGGGUAAAUGGUAGUACUCUUUGGACCAGCACUCUCUCAGAGGAGGCACAAAGUUUGCAGUGUUCUGGGCUGACUUCAGUAGACUCUGCAGAAGCCAUCUGUCUUGUGACUGGGAUAUCCAAGCUGCUCAGUGCACUCAAUGCCACUUCAGGCAAAACCAUUUGGACUCUAAACCCAAGCCAUUUGUUCAAUGGGACUUUGACCACCCCAGCUGUGGUGCUUCCAGAUUUGGAUGAUGAUGCAGUUAGAGAUCUCAUGGUUCUGACCACUGGGGUAUCAAAGGGAGAUCUCUGUUUCCUGCUAAUUUCAGGGAAGACAGGGAUUCCUAUGGGCCGGCCUGUGAAAUACAACAUCAUGAGAGAGGGGAAUCUAAUUGGUCCUCAGGUUUUCAUUACCACACACGGAGCAAUUUAUAUCCUGUUUGGCUUUGGUAAUGUUCAGGCUGUCGCUCUGAGGGAUAUUUUUGUCCAGGCCCAAAACCGGGACAGCUCACCGCCUUCUUUGCAACUAGAGGAACCAGAGUGGGAGAAGAGAAGAUCUAUUAAUAUGUCUGAGUUCAUCGAGGUUUAUAGUGAUGAUGUUGAAUUCCUUCAGAUGGUAAAAGCUCCAGACAGCAACUGCAGCAACCUUCUCAUCACAACCAGACAAGGUCUUGUCCUACUUCGGGGUCAAGACCUUGCACAUCAUUGGGUACUGAAUUUCCAAGGCCUGUACAGCCAACCUACUCCUGGAUAUUUCACAAAUGACCAGACCUUGGAUUUCCUCCUGGAGGCACAGUAUGGAGACGGAAUGAAAAAGGUGGUGGUGGUAGAUGGUAACUCAGGCACAAUCAUUUGGAAUUCCAGUUUCUCAUGUCACAUGAAAGAAUCAGCAGCUAUUUCAGUGAUGACAUCAGAUCAGAAAUCUGUUUUUCUCUUUUGGGCUGAAGGCGUAUCAGCAGAACCAUCCAAUUCAGAUCUCAACUCAGGAACUGAGCCACCUGGGCUCCACCAUCUUUACCUUCUGCAUCCAACAUUCCCCACAAUCCUUCUGGAUCUGGCAAAUUACACAGGCACGGUGAAUGCUUCAGCAAUUGGAAUUAAUGAUGUCUGGAAAGAUGCUUUCUAUGUUACAAGGAAAACAGGGCCAGGGUCUGAAAACCAUCCGAGACCUCUAGUUGUCAGCAAGGUGAACUUAAGGUGGGCCCUGAUGGAGAGCCAAGUGGUUCUGUUAAAGGAGACUACCCCAAAAAUUGGCCGGGGAGAACUAAGAAGAUUCCUUUCUAGGCUAAAGUUUAUUUCCCCUCAGAAGGUCUAGUCUGAAGUACCUCCGAUUUCAGAUGGGACUAAUGAGGAACCUCUCUUUAGGCUAGAAUCUUCUCAGUCAAAUCUAUAAAAGUCAGGUAUAUGGAGAGAACAAAAAUACUUCUUUCUCCACGUUGUCUUGCCACUUGUGUAUAACACAAAGCACUUUGGAGAGUAGGCUGUUACUUUUUCAUAACAAUUCCAUUUGUCCAGCAAUGGUAUGUUUAGCUUUCCUUCUUGACUUUCAUAUCAAGACCAUCCACAGGCUUUCUGUGGGUUGUUAAAAAAUGUGAAGAGAGAGAGAGAGAGAGAAAUAGAGAGAGAGAGAGAGAGAGAGAGAGAGAGAGAGAGAGAGAGAGAGAGAGAGAGAGAGAGAGAGACUGAAUAAUUUAUAAGCAAAUGCUGAAAAAUGAGAGAGAAGUAUUUAUAUAUAGGAAACAUUUUUUUGCUUUGCAUUACUCCAUGGGUUUUGAAGUAUGGCAUGUUUACUAGAUGUAUUUCAGACCCAUUUCCUUGCACAUGUGAAAGGGUCAUUUGGUCAUCUCCACUUCUUCAAAUUUCCUACCUCUUAUCGUAAGGCCACUAUUUUUUUUGACCCUUUACUUCCUCUUAAUCCAUGUCAACCUUGAACUAUGUCAUUUGUCAGUCAUUGGCACCAAUUUAAAACAAUAUGGGAAGACUGGCUAUUCUUAUCCCUUCCAUCUUUUAUUUCUAAUCUCCUAUUCAAGUGCCCAGAGGCUAUGAGAACAGCUACCUUCCCAUCACAAAUAUAUUAAGAGAAAUAAGUUCAAAUGAAUUGUCUCUGACAAUGCUCCAUAUUAUUUUGGUUUUCUCUGUAUUAGGGAUGUCCACUGUUUUUUCUGUGAUGUCAGAAGUAAGUGGGGCAUUCCCACUACUCAUAAGAACACUGAAAUAAUUGAGAUUCAUAUCCUUUUUCUCAUAUUACAUUAACAUUUCCAUAAUGAUUAGUAUAAUUCCCUCAUGAAACCUCCUUCCUACCACUUGUUCUUGCAUUCUCUAUUGUUGAAGAAUAGUUUUGCUUUGUUGUUCAGAAUUCUUAUGGGAAGGAAAACUAUUACUGUGCCCUUCCCUUUCAACCUAAAGCCCUGAUGUGUAGGUAAUCUGUCCCACUGACCAUAUUCCAUUCCUUUUAGAGCCAUGGAACAGCUUGUAUAUAUUUUGUGGUGUUUCUUUGUAAAUACUGUAACUUUGUAAAUAGCAAGUUCAUUGGCGUAGUUUCCAGUUUUUAGUGCUCUUCUAGUCUGUUCUUAAUAGAACCAGAUUCUAGCUAGCCCUUCUAAUAGGGGCUAUGUAUUGGUCUCAGCCUUUCAGUUGGUAAACCAUAGGAAAUCCCAGUCAGGAGUAGGUAGGAGGACUCUUCUUUCCUUUGAGCUAUAUUAUGAUUUGCCUUCACCGAAAACUUCAGUGGUUCUCCCUUGAUCUAUUUAUCUUAUGCUAAUCUCAGAUUUCACUGAUGCAUUGCUAAGUUUGAAAGGACAUGUGUGCUUUUAUCCAGUAAAAGUUAUAUAACAUGUUAUUAAAGAGUUAGGGUUAGUCACUGCCACUAUACAACAUGUGCUACUUGGAAUAUAGCCAAUCUAGGUAUAUUAGAUUUCCAAGCACUUGAUCCAUACCUGUGAAGACAGAAUCAGUUCCAGUGUUGAUUAUGUCUCAAUGCAAAUUGGGACAGAAGAAGGAAGAAAAAGUAUCCAGUUGGAUCUAGAAAUACCUUAGUAGGAUAAAAUGGUUCUGUAUCAUCUAGAUUUUAGAUCAGUUUUGAAGGCUCUGGUGGUCCUAGGUCUGCUUUGAUCAAGGAUCUUUCUCUGCUUUAAAUAGACCCAGUGGCUGGAGUGUGUCAUAAAGAUUAAUCUGAGUCAAAUUGAAUGUCAUGUUGAGGAAUUCCCUCUCCUACACCACUGAGAACUGAACAUUUCAUAUUUCCCUAGUAUCCCCAGGCUCUCUGACUGGCUACUCAUAUUUAGGCAGAGACAUAUGAGACAUUUGUUAUGGAAUAUGUGCUAUGGAGAUAAUUUUUAGCAGUCAUACUUCUUAUUUGGUUGUCACAGAAAUACAAAAUAUAAAAACUGGAAAGAAUGUUUCACCUGAAUUCCAGGUGAUGUGCCUGCUGAGCACCUUAAAUGUUCAAUUUUGGUUAUAUUUGACAUUGCUCUUUCUCUUUCUCAGCAAAGCAUGAGCUCUAGAUUCUCCUUGUAGAUCUUUGCCUUUUUUCUCUUCCCCAAACCACUUACUGGACAAUGAGUUGUGAUGGAAGGUUAAUAUCUGAACAGUUUGGUUACUAACCCCUGUUCAGUUGUAUCUAAACCUCCCUCUCUUCUCAGGGAACCAUUACCUGGAUGAAUGAACAUUAAUCUUGGUCAUAAGUGUUUUUUUCUUUUUUCUGCUCACAUUGGGUCCCCGAUAUAGCUGAAGCAACAAUACUAAAAGUAGUAAUAAUACCUUUUGCAUCUUACUGCAAAUGAAUCUGUCCCAUCUGUACUCUUUCUUGUCUUUGCAUCACACUUCAACCAAUUUACAAAGGAUCCUUCUUUAAUUUUGUUAUUCUAUAAUAUUGUUACAUCAAUUCCCAUAAAUGUGAACUGUUGUCUACAUCUUCUGUAUAAAAGAAACACCAGUCUAUGUAUUGUCAGAAAACUAUUUGAAAUAUGAAGAACAAAUAAAUACCAUGUAUAGAUUA